GCUGAAGUAAUGAUUUAUUUCUUAAGUCAUUUUAUAACUUAUUUUUUAUAGAGAUUUCAUUGUACAAAAUAAUGCUCUUGUCCUACAUAAACCCAGCAUCAUGUAGAAUAGUAUACAUGCCUUCAAGCAAGAGGCCAAUCAAAUAGUCUUUGUUGAGGCCCAUCAAUAGCGAUAAGUGGCUGGGCCAAUUACUUUGUCGUCAUAACGUCCACUUUGUCUCGAAAGAGUGCAGAUGGCAUGGCUUUCUUGCAUGAGUUAUUCUGUUCUGCAAGACUAACCAUUUAUUACAUUAAUUGCAUAAAUCGAAUACAAUUCCUUCAGUUCCCUUGGAAGAAAGUGUUUUCAAUGCAAUAUUGUCAAAAGCACAAACUGAUAUCAAUCACAUUCAAAUGCUUACACACGAGACCCAUAGAGAGGUCAUGAAUUGGACUUAUAGAUAUCUGUAUACAGAACACAGAUGGACACUGACAUACAGUAUGCCUUUUGUAAACACCAGCUGGGCGUACUGAAAAGAUGUCUGAAUAAUCAGUGUGUCAUCCCCGGUGACUGGUAGUUCCCUAUCCAACUUUAGGCAGGCAACACCAAUACACAAACCAUUGCCAUUUCUAAAAAGAUUGUAGGUAUAUAAGGAUGUUGCUGAUCAUAUGAAACACUCCAUAUUCCAGCAAAUGUAUAUGAAAUGUUGACAGUCACUUGUAGGCUACCUUCCAGACCAGUUACAUAAUAGUGCAGGGUACUCUGUUGCCCUAGACUUUGCUACAUUGCUGUUGGAGGGAUAAUGUUCAUAGGGAGCAACACACAUUUGUAAUAACACAAGGUACUUGAACUAAUGGAGUACAUUUUUUAAAUUUUGACAGAUCGGUUUGUUUUCCAGCUGAGGUACAGCACAGUGACAUAGGGUACCCUUUCAUUGGUUGGCCUGAAAACUAGAGUAAGGAAAGUAAAAUACAUCUUAAUAUGACAUUUAAUAAAAUGCACAUACAAUUAUAUUUGUAUUCUGGGUGCACGUUUUGUUGAAAUGUUAUCCAUAGAAAGAAUGCCAAAACCAGUAAGACACAAUUGAACAGUUCCUCUGGGGACUGGGGAGGAGCUGUGUUUGACAGAGAGCCUUUGUACUGGACAAAGAAGUCUUCAUAUUAGAUAGAUCAGCCUGACUGCUGCCGGUCAUUUCAUGCUGAACUUGGAGGAGGCAUAACGCUAAUCAAUAGAGGGGCAUUACAAGGCAGCAAAAAUGAAGCGCUCCCUUGGACUUUGCUUGGUGGUCUGUUUUGGGAUACUCGAUUUGGGCUGUGCACUUCGUUGCUUCAAGUGCUCCGAUUACACAGGGCGCUGCGAAAAUGUUCAAGACUGCACUUAUGAAGAUUCCUGUUUAUCUCUGAGUGAAAGAGGUGGGAAGACAAUUCGACAGUGUAUCAGAUACACAGACUGUGACAAUUCUCGACUUUCCCAGAUGUUCCCUGCCGUCUCCGGGUUCACGUACCGGUGUUGCAGCAGCAACCUGUGUAAUAGUAGUACCACUAUUGCCACGAGAGGGUCAGUUUUCGCUUUGAUGGGGUCACUAUUGGUCUUCUGGUGGUCCUCACUGUGAGCUCCAACUGCCAUGCACAGCUGACGCAGAGCCCUCAAUGGAGCUGGAGAUUGCAGUCAGUAAUAUGAUUUUAUGUUGUUGUUGAUAGUUAAAUGUGUUGUUUAAAUUGUGGAUGAACAAUGUCCGACUUAGCUGCAGUCUUUCCUGUUUUCCUACUCACCUACUCACCCAAGUCAAGAUGGGAAAAAAUGUAAGCUGAAAAUAUAUUUCCCGUGUUUUAAGUUGUGAUAAGAAAUAUGUUUCAAUAACAUUUAAAACCAUGUUAAAGGUUGUGAAAAUUGUCAAUCAGUUUUAUUCUCACUUGUAGAAGACUCACCCAAACCAAUAAAAUGACCUACCGGUA